GUUCAGUUUUCCCACAAAUUGGUGGAGAACAUUGGGUUUGAAAUUAUACUAAAUAACUAAAAAUAAUUGUUUGCGAUAUAAGCGAUGGAAGCUUGGGCUUAGUGCUAACCAGUGAUAGCGUGGGACCAGCUUUGAGGUGAUAGUGAUGAACUCGAGUCGAGAGAACGGCGACAAAGGGCUGGACCCGCGAGAAGACGGCUUUCCAGAGGGAACGGAUCCGUUGGACAAUCAAGUGGCCGGACAUCGCUUUGGAUACUCGGCCACACAUUUGGCGCUAUUAAGACAUCUCGAGUCCAAUGAUAUCCUGAAACCUAUUUGUGAUAAACGCAGUGAAAGGGAGUUCCGGUUAUACUCGAAGAUCUGGGACUCAAACCAUGACUUCCAUGAAGACAUCCAAACGUUGAGACAAUUUGUGCCCAAAAUGAAUGGUGUGUUCGUCGACCACAAGACGGGACGCGAGUACUUGAGGCUCGAAGACAUGACGAAUGGUAUGACGUCGCCAUCGAUACUGGACGUGAAGAUCGGUCCCAAGACUUACGACCCGGAAGCCAAUGAACGCAAGAUUGCCUCCGAGUCCGGCAAAUACCGGUUCGCUGAGCUCUUGGGCUUCAGACUACUCGGGAUGAGAAUUUAUAAAUCAAAAGACAACGAAUAUAUAGUUAAAGACAAAGAUUAUGGCAUUAGUCUAACGCCAGAUACUGUGAAUGAAGCAAUAACACUAUUCGUUCAAAACAAUAAGGCCUUAAUCAGUGAGUUUGGUCACCAAAUGCGAGCAAUUGGCGAGUGGUUUGAGACCCACAAUACGGACAAAUGGCAGUUCAUAUCGAGCUCUUUGCUGUUCGCCUAUGACUGCAAUCAAAGUAAAGCUUUGGUCAAAAUGAUAGACUUCGCGCACGUGUUCCCCAAUGAGGGCCGGGACGACAACUACUUGUUUGGGUUAAACAAAUUGAUUACAUAUUUUGAUAACUUAUUAUAA